AUGCCCCCCCGCACCUCCGCGGACAAGCCAAGGGCGGCCCUCGUCUCCACGGCAUGCCCAUGCACGACCGCCAAAGGCACUCCUUCCAUGGAGGUCGCCGCUUCCACGACGAGGGUGUACACAGCAGCGGGGGUGAAGGAGAGCGUGGUCCUGUUGUGCACAUGGGCCCAGGUCACCAUGCCCACCCUCGUCGCCAGCGGGAACACCACGGCAUGCACCACCUGGAGAGAGACGGGGACACUGCCGGUACGGACAUGGAUCAUGGCCCCGUUCCUCACGGGGCAGGACGGCACCACCACCGAAGCCCCGCCGGUCUACACCACCGACCGCACGGCCCGCCCCCCGGCCCGCCCCCCGGCCCGCCCGGCAUGCGGGGCGGAAUGCGGUGCGAGGACAUCGGAGGCGAUCUCCACCCCCGACAGCAUCAGCACCAGUACCAGCAGCACCAGCAGCACCAGCAGCAGCACGGAAGAAUGGCGGCAGGCCGUGCUCGCGGUCACCCCUGUCACGAGCGCCCCUCUCCCUUGCAGAUGAUGCCGAUGCAGGCCUACUGAAGAGGAGAACAAGGCACCGUGAUGUACGGCUGGUUGAAUGGUAUGUGUUGCUGCUGGCCAGAGAGCUACGACGAGGCAGCAGCAUCUGACCUGGAGUAGAAAGCAGUUCUUCGGCGGGAGAACGAGAGACGGUUGGGUUUGGCCUGACUUUGGCGUGGUUUGAAAUUGUUUGUUUGUUUGCAAUUGGGCAGAAGCCUCCCCCGGGAAAACUGAUACGAGGGACAAAGGACGUGCACCNAGGAGAACAAGGCACCGUGAUCUACAGCUGGUUGAACGGUAUGUGUUGCUGCUGGCCAGCGAGCUACGACGAGGCAGCGGCAUAUGACCUGGAGUAGAAGGCAGUUCUUCGGCGGGAGAACGAGAGACGGUUGGGUUUGGCCUGAUUUUGGCGUGGUUUGAAAUUGUUUGUUUGUUUGCAAUUGGGCAGAAGCCUCCCCCGGGAAAACUGAUACGAGGGACAAAGGACGUGCACCUUGCGGUAUACACCUGUGCGUGGUACGGUAGCAGACGUAAACAGUCUCUGUUGGCAAUCAUACGCUGAAUUCCUUUUGGUUGGAUCGUCUCUUCAUCAGAAAUGCAUCGAGGAGGAGCGGGGUACCCGCCCCGGGGUGAAAAACUGCGGUGUUUGUAUGUUGCAGUCCCAUCCCUACGGAGAGAGGUUGUAACGGGGUGAGUCGCGUGGCGAAGAGUGACGAAACGGACGUUUUCUUCUGUUUUUUGUGUAAGCGGUGUUGUUAGUGUCUGGCGAUGUACUGAGUGACGAUAGACACCCUUCAACCUCGUUUACUGGUGACGUUUCGCCUUUGCGUUCGGAGGGUGCGUGUGUUUUGUAUGUCGUCGAAGCUGCUUGUCAACGGAAGCACAGAAGCGUUGGUAACACUUGUGUUAGCGGCAAGGCGUACGUGCGUGUCGUUGUCUUCAGACCUGCCUGCGUUGUGAAGCUGCAGCUGACAGCACCGAGUCUGUGUCUUUGUGGUACCGUGUGUUGUAAGGAGGAUAAUUUGUUUGGCACGUAUUGGGCGGACUAGUGUCGCAGGCUGCAGGUAGGUAUGCAGUGCACGUGUUGUGGAGUGCUGCUGAUGGCGAUGCACCCGACAAGAAAAAAACAAAAAACUGGCUUCGAUGUCGGAGUCCACGAAAAACAAAAAAACACACCCGG